AUGGUGGCGCGGAAAUGGUUCCUGCUCGUGGGCGGGAACGGCAAGGAUCUCACAUCGACGACUUCUGUUGGUGUGGAUGUUGAAGAUGUGGAUACGUUGCGGGAUGCGGUAAAGGAGAAGUUCAGAGACAGUCACCUCGCAGGGAUUGCUGCGUCCGAUCUCACAGUCUUUGCGAACCGGGCCGAGUACGAUGCGAAGCGAAGCGUGCUGCUGCCCCAGUCGGGGUCCCCAGUGACGGCGUAUGGGAAUAAUGAAGAGAAUGCGCUCAUUGUGCAAGUGCCGACGCAGCGUCAAGUGGUGGUGCCGACGGAAUCGCAGAAAUCGUUCGUUUGGAAGGAGCCAAAGUCGUUGGUCGCAACGACUGGUGCGAAUUGGGAUUUCCAGAAUUCAUUGGAUCUCGGCAACCUAGCAUCUGCUAUCGGUCGUCAUUAUCAAGCUUGGAGAGAUGGAAAGACGGACAAGCGAAGUCAUCCGCUAUUCGUGUGCUUAGAUGGCCCCGGAACUGGAAAGUCGAGAUUGCUUGACGAAUUUCCGAAAAUCUUGCAGCAGGAAAUCUUUCGCGAUGAGACACAAGGCGAUCCAGCGAUGAAGCAGCUCUUGCAGACAGCCUACAAUUUCAAGAUCACUUUUGAGAAUGGAACAACCAAGCCAGGUAAUUUUAUUGAUCCGGGCCAGGCAAUUGGAACUCGAAUGCUGUACCAACUGCAGGAUUCAGUCGUCUGGGGGGAAUUUAUGUUGGAUCAUGCGAAUCAUGUUGUCCCUGAACAAGUAUUGUCAAAAUUGUCAGCAAUCACUGGAACGGAUCCGAGCCAAAUGUGCGUGAUUCUCUGUGUCGACAGCUUGCAAAAGCUUCCGCAUGAAGCAGGAAGCAAGCGUUCCGAGUUUUAUACGGCGUUUGCGUCGCUGUGUGACCUCGUCAAUGCCUCCAAGUGCUGGCUGAUUGUGAUCUGCGCGGCGACUAUUUACCAGCCAGUGGAUGAAUUUCUGGCCGCUUCGCCACAAUGGAGAGAGAUGCUGCAGACGACAUCAUUGGAGCGCCCGAAGAUCAACGGUAGAGACGUAUUUGAUACAUUCGACUAUGGCAAUGGAGCUUUGACGCAGCUAUUGGUGGAUGACAUGGGCGGGCAUGGCAGAGCAUUGGAAGAAUUGUUCAACGUGAUGCUGCAAAAUGAGGGGCAAGCUUUUGAAUUCAUUCCGGUGAUGCACAAAGUGCUGGCUGCAAUUCGACAAGCGUACCCUGCGAUUGUUGCCCAGAUGCAGAGUAUGAAGCAAGCAUUUCUUGCGGUGAUUUCUCGUCGGAGGGUCGAUGGAAAUUCGCUUUUCGGAAAUCUAACGCUUGAUCAAGUUAUCUCGUGCGGGUUGAUCCGACUCGAUGGAACCCAACUCCAAUGCCCGUUCAUUCUCUAUAUGCUGCUGGAAACGCAUGAUAUUCCAUGGAGCAAACAUGCUACUUACGCACCGGCAGAACGGUUGGAAGACUUGAAACCUUGGCAACUUUGGGAGCAUUUUAACUGCAAGUUCCGAGUGUUGAAAUCGCAAGCUUUCGCCCAGGAGGAGCCUGUGCUGUGGACGGAUAUACAUCAUGGGGCACGGUUUGGCGAUGGAUGCAAUCGACGCGUUAUUGAGCGGCAAUUGACGUAUGCGCUAGCUGACAAGCGGAUGCCAACGAAGACCAAAGGAUUUAAGAAAGGAAGGUGCGCUUGCGGUAAUGAUCAAGGGAAGUGUUUUCUGUAUCAGCCUGCAGACGGGUCUCCAUCCGGAGAUGCAUUUCUGUGUCUGGAAGGUGCGACGAAGGGCUUCUUUCACGAGGUUCAUCAGUGUAAAUGCGUCGAAGGGAAUCUAUCACUGGACGUUUUCGAGCAAGAGCGGUUGAAGGCUGCUGGUCCCGACGACCUAUUCAUCUUAUAUUGCACGAGUCUAGUGACGGCUGACCUAUGUUUGCUGCCGAACUCCGCGUUUGUUGAUGCCACCUGCUGGGAAGCGUACUACGGUCCAUUUGCUGCUCGUGCAUUCUUCAUCAAGUCUGUUCCGUUACCGUGCAUCAACACGAGCUCCGAGGUCCAACUGGAGUUCGUGGAGGGUGUAGGCCCGGCCUACCGUGCCCGAAUCGCGAAGAAGCGUCCAUUUACGAGCUUGGAAGAUGCUUUUGUGAAGACCAAGAUUCCAGUCAAGGUUCUUAGACGAUUCAAAUUCAACACGGAUUCGCGUUAGCCUCAUCUUGGCCAUGGGGUGAUACUUCCUUUCAAGAGAAAACAUAUCUCGUUCUCCGUUCUACGCAUGAAUCGAUCGCACAAAGGUGGUGGUUGAUUCACCGCCUACACCGCCAUUGAACCAUUUUUCGCUUAGCACGUCUUUGCCGUCAGCAUAAUCGUAUUGGACUUCUUAGUAACUCAAUGCAAGAAAAAUUUGGCCUGCGUCACGAAGCAGACCAUUUUGCUGCG